AAAAAAAGGCAGGGCUAGUUUAAUGAAGAUAACCCUGCUGUACAAAAUAUGGCAGAACAGUUGGGAUCUGUUGUACAUAGUAUUGCAGAACAGUGGGACUUCACAAUGGCCAAAAAAAGGAUGACACUGCACAGUAACUGCAAAAUGUGUUAGAAAACUAGAGAAUUCAUUGUGGUAAUAAAACUAAGAUGAUAAUGGCAACGCAACUAACAAUAGUUAUAGUCAUUAAAGAAAAAGGAGAUGAGAAAUAAAGGCAGGUACGGUAAUUUUAAGUCAGCCUGACAUUUGAGACCAUUUUUGUUGGUUGCUGCAUUUGAAAAAAUGGUAAAGAAGUUAGAUUAUCCAUCCUAUUUUGAUCCACAACCCUGUGUUUCAUGCAGAAAAAAAACAAGGCUGUAAUGUUUGGCAUGAAUUUUCAUUCAACUAACACGUCUCUUGAAUGAUAUUAAAUUGCUCUUAUGCACUUAAAAAUCUUGCCUGCUGAGCAUCUAAAGCAUGACAUAACAACAUUGAUAGGUCGUUCGUUACUAGAACAUAGCCCUGCUUAACCAGAAAAAGAAGGCGACUAACAAGGGCCCUGUCGCUAAUGAAAUCAGGAGAGGAAGAAAAGAAGGGCUGUGAGGUUUUAGUCACUUCAGCCCCAAGUACAUUCUUUUGUGCGGGACCCGGCAGCGCAGAGACGGCGCGCUAGUGCAAGCAUUGAUAAUUUCCUUUGCAACCUCGAGGGUCCCUCUCUCCUCUCUCCCUUCCCCUAAUCCCCUCAUCUCCCUUAGGGAUUAGCAGGCUGCGAGACAGGUAAAGCGAAGGGUACAAGCCCGGGCUUUCACCUGCCUUCAAAGCAAACGAUUUUUCAGUUUGGUCGACAUGCCUUAUAGUAGCGCAGCUUAGCCCAGCUUAUACGAAGGAGAGCAUGGCAGUUCUGUGGGGCUAGACCAGGUGAUGUUGCCGGCCUCUCCCCGAAAAUAGACCAUAAUUGUCACCGUGCGCAAGUCGAUGGCCCAGGCAUUGCCAUGUCGUGGCAACAGACGUGUUAAAACUGUUAAGAUGAUGGGAGCUCACCAGUUAAGGGGGGCUCGUGCGGCCUAAGUAUGCGGUCCUAACGCUUGUGAUCUUUUGCGAAAUCCUCUCACAAAGAGGCCUUACCCCCCUCUCCCAUCCUCACACCCUCCCCCUCCGUUCCCCCUCCGAUGCUGUAACACUCCAUGCUCAUGAAGUACGGCGAACCUUUUGUAGUGUCACAGGUGAUGACAACUUCAGACACUCUCAGGUAGACUCUUGUUUUUAACAAUCGGGUGUAGGCUUGAUGUACCCGCGACUUUCCCAGCGUUGAAGUGAAGGUGAUAGUGCACGGUGUAAUAGAGAAGUAAACAUCGUCAGUCGUCCUGCUGCGCGGUUAGCUCCCAGGAUUAGGUUCAUCUUGUCAAUGAACAGGGUGGACGCCCUCUGCAGAAUACUUCACCACCUGCACAGCAGCAGAAAGGCCCUAAAGCAGACAUCUCUUGAUGACUUGCCAACCAUGCUACCCAAAGAACAGCUAACAGAGACCAACACCGUCAGUCAAACAAGUGACAACAGCAGCAAAAACUCAGGUAGUGAGGGAGGAGACAGAGGACUGCGGGAUGACACACCUGUAGCCUCUCCUCUGCAUGGAUCCCCACUGUCAUCAAGUGUCAUGUUGGCAGCUCCACAGGCUGCAUCACCCAAGAGUGUAACAGCCACUAAGAGCCCCAGUCCCAAAAAACCUGACUCUUCACAAGCUCAGCCAGGUAAUAGGUCACUUCCUAUUCACUGCAUAAUAGAACAAAUGAAUGGAGCCGUCAACUUUGAAAAUGCUUCUAGCUCCCCUUGUGAUGUCUGUGCUGUUGAGUUGGACAGCUACGCAAUCCUGCCAGCGACCACACCCCUGCGUGACCUCGUGCGGACAGCCCUUGUCAAGCUUGGCUACACAGCAGUGGACGCAAUGAAUGCUAAAGGUGCAAUACAGCUAAAAAACUGGAAGCCACUAGCGUUUGACAUCAUUACAGAUAACAAAUUAUCAACAGUUGAUGACAUCCUUGGUGAAUUGACCAACUCUGCAACACUUCGAAUCCGACUGUCAAGUCAGCCCAAGCUGAGCUCGGCAGAGGAGAUGAAAGAAAAGUUGUUGCAGUUGCUUCUGACACAGUCGCACUCACUACUUAUUGAGUCAGGGUGUCCCAUUGAGAAGAAGCUCUUGAUGUCAAUCUCAAAAGGAGAAGCUUCAGCUAAUGUUUCAGAAGACUUGAGAGCAGCAUUUGACUCGUGGUACAACAGUCAGAUAAAAAAGAAUAAGAAAUCUACUGGUGGCAACCCUGCCUCUCUUCAUAAUUCACCAGAGGAAGUCAAAAACAGCAACAGAAUGGAUAAGACUUCAUCCACAAAAAUUGACGAUGAUGCUCAGUCUCUAUCCCCAGUCAUGGAUUCGAAACCUACCACUCAGGUUACAAGCUCUUCGUCGUUGCCUUCUCCAACAUCAUCAUCUUCUAACCCAUUUUCACUCCAGUUGUCAGCAAAUAGCUCUGGGCAGUCUGUACAACAACAGCAGCAGCAGCAGCAGCCUGUUUCCCAGCCUCAUCUGCAGGGUGGCUCUAUUCUGACUCCAAAUAAAACACGAAUACGCACAUCAUUUGACCCUGAACAUGAAAUACCUCGUUUGCAGAAGUGGUUUCAUGACAAUCAGCAUCCCACCAGAGAACAGAUGGUACGCUACAUGAAUGAACUGAACAGCCUGGAAUCACGCAAGGGUCGAAGACCUCUUGACCUCACAAACAUCAUUUACUGGUUUAAAAAUGCACGGGCUGCACAGCGACGUGCCAACAAGGUCUUAGAUGAUUCUUUUGAAAAUGAGGAAGGUACGGAAAUUAACAAUUCUUCCAUGACAACUGGCAGUUCUCAGCCAGAAUCUCCAGCAGUCCCAUAUCUGCCCAACAAAAAUGCUGUCUAUGUCAUCCCUUUUCCGUAUCAUUCCCCCCAUACACCUCACACACACCAUUUACUGGGCAACUCUGCUGACUCACUGCCAGAAUCCUAUGAUGAGCCUUGUGAUUUGUCUUUGAAGAAGCCAAAAAAGGACCCAUCCCCUCACAGUCAGAUAGACUCUAGAUCUGUAGCAAGUAGGAACAAAGAUGGAGGACUAUCAGAGAAUUGUGGUGAAAAUGACCCAAACACCAGAAGUGGUUCUGUGACACCAAGUUCAAAGAUCCUUGCCAGAAGAAGCGUUUACAUGUCAAAACUUAAUGGCCUGGAAGAGGACUUGGAUGUCAAGAAUCUCUCACCGUGUAAUGGCAUGACUGUUUUUCCAGAGAACCUGUCAUCCAAAAAGAUGGGCAGUCAGACAUCCAAGGAAUCAAGGACCAAUGGCCAUCAUGACGACAGGAAGCUCCUUCAAAAGCACUAUGCUGAUGUGAAAGACAACCCAGACAGAAAUGACAAGAAUCACCUCCCUGAUAUCGUGAAAGAAGAGCAGAUGUCUGAUGACGGUGAUGAUGAUUCGGUGAACACAGAUGACAGUAUGGGGAGCCGUCUGCGGAUCCAAGAUGAUGACGAUGAUGUUGACUAUGUUCGUGGCAGAGGAGACUUUCCAGUGGACAUCGGUGUUGCAGGGUUAGGCUCAUCUGCUGUGUCCUCCACUGCCAACAUGGCAGCUCUCUCGCUUGCACAGAUGUCUCAGCCUCUGCAUAUCCCCCAGCUGCCCCAUCAGCUUGCCAUGUACUACCAGAUGGCCCCCCGCUUUUACCCCCCUCCACCAUCCCACCACAGCCAGCCUUCUGUCGCAGCAACAGCUGCAAUGGUGGCUGCACUGAACAGUUCUGCUCGUCUGCCUGGUGUUGGUCCUAAUAAUGCUGCUAUAUCUAACAGCACUAAUGGAGGGCAUCACACUAACCCUAACCACAGCAUUCCUAUUCAGCCAGCUCCUCAUCCUCCCAUAUCAGCACCACAUCCUCACAGCAGAUCAUCGGAACCACGAAAACGGCGCACGCGUGUUUUUAUUGACCCCUUGACAGAAAUCCCCAAACUUGAGAAAUGGUUCAUGGAAGACACGCAUCCCUCAGCUUACAUGAUUGACAAAUACACUGAAGCUUUGAAUGCUGCAGAAUAUCGCCAGAAAUUCCCAAAACUUGAACCCAAAAAUGUACAGCUUUGGUUCAAAAACCAUCGUGCAAAAGUUAAACGGAUGCGCGUAGGUCUUGGCCUAGAGGACUCCUACUGUGACAGUCCUCCCUCUCAUGGCAUGCAGAAUUCCCCAGUCACUGCGGAAGUGAAGGACGAUGAUGAUGACUCUGCCUCUGAGCACUUGCAAAGAGUGAAAUCAGAGAACAAAUCACCAGGAAAUGUGAUGGACAAUAGCAAUGAGGAUGAGGACAUGUUGGAGGAAGACGCACAGUAAAUGGUAUUUGCGGGACAGUCACUUUGCUUUUGGCUGCUUUUUCAUGGAAACAUCACUGUGUAUAUAAGAGUAAAGCUAUUUUCAGUUAAAUAGACUACGUUGCAUUGUUCAUUGUAAGGGCUGAAGACUUCUAUCAUAUACUAGCUGCUAAUUUGAAAAGAUUAUCAUUGAGGUAAACAUUAAUUUUGCACUAGCAUUUUCUGUUUUACAAUAUCUGCACAAAAAUAGUCAUAUUGUGACGGCGCAAUUCAGUCGUAUCAAGGAUUCUCAAUGAUUAUCUAUGUCAUUAAUGCCCAGCACAAACAGGAAGAAACUUUUAUGAAUGAAACUGUGGAAAUAUCUAGUCAUAUUUUUCAGGGAGAUGUGAUAGUGAAGAUCAUUUUGUCAUAGGCAGAGAUAAGACACAUGCAUAUAUAUUUUUCUUACUGAGGGGUUUUUGGGGGUUUGUUUUACAUUUUUGUGGGGAUUUUGUGAUUUGUUGUAAAGCAUAAUUGAUUAGUAUCAACAAUUUGAAACAUUGAUACCAUGCAUUGUGAUGGAAGUAAAAGUUCUUUGUUGUCUUGAUGGGGUUUUUUAAGGAGUAUGUAAGGGAUUUUUCUGUCCACAAAAUUGUGGUGUUGAAUCCAAUAUAAAUCAUAUGUUGCUCUUUUUUUCAAAAUUUACAAGUUUUGGAGUCCAGACCAGUUCUUUUUUCAAAAUGUAGGAAUCCAGCAAUAUUUUUUUUCACAGGACAAUCACCAUAAUUUCGCUGGUGAUUUGAAAAUUUGUUGAGGGUGCAUGCAUGUGGAGGAUUUUGCUUUAUUUUCAUAUGCAUUGUCUUGACUAUUGUGCAAUUUAAGGUAUAACAGGGCAACACAAAUUGUAAUUAAUGGCAACCACAUUUAUUUUGCAUAAGAUUUCUGCAUUUUAAUUUGCUUACUUUAAAUUGUCAGUUUUCUUGCUACUGGAAAGAGAAGUCAUGUGAUUCUUCUUAUAAACAUCCCAUUUUGGAGUUGAUUUCAGGCCUUAGCCGUAUGUGGGUACAACGCCUAACCGUUGGUGUUUCUGUUAGUAUUAUGAUAACUGUUUUGUUUCUAGCAGAAAUGAGAUAUUUUGAACAAAUCAUCGUUCAAAGAACAUCCAUUUCUGUAUGUCGGCUAUCAUAUCAGUUUCAGAUUCAAAAUACUCUUGUAUCUCGUCUCUAGAAGUAGACAUGUGUUUUGCAAUUCAUCCACUUGCAAAGUAUUGAUGCUGGAAGCAGUUUUAUGGAAUACAAACAUUGCAAGGGCUGUAACUGUAUCCAUAGAUCCAUGUUACUUGUGAUUCACUGACAUGAAUGUUUAUCUUUUGCGGAUUAAUGUUCAGUGGUGCAGGAUUUGAGCAUAUUUGAGAAGUAUGGCAUUCUUCCUUUUCUGCAGCUGUUUCCAUUACUUCCACAUACUCAGCACAAAAGAGAUGUGCAUGCAUGGAUGCCCUUUGUGUGUGUGUGUGUUUGUUCACAUGUUUGCAUGUGAGGAGGCCAAACCUGCAUGCCUGCUGGCAGGUAGUCAAGUUUGUAUGGAGAAGAGAGGGAAAUAAACAGGCCUUCUGUGUUUGAAAUAUAAGCAUAAGUAGCUGAAAUUGUGAGUUAUUAUGAGCAUGAGUGGCUGUGAGUAGUUGUGAGCAUAAGUUGUGAGUGCAAGCGGCUGUGAGUAGUUGUGAGUGUGAGUGGACAUGAGUAGUUGUGAGUGUGAGUAUAGAUGUGUCGUGAGGAAGAAAAAAAUUAUUGUUAUUCUUACAUUUUCAUUUUUAUCUUUUUAUUUAUUUUGGGGGGAAGAAUAGGGUGGUAGAUUUGCUUCAUGCUCUUGUGUUUUAUUCAGAACACAUUUAUAUUCAUUUCGACAUGGCUGACCUCCACUUCAGAAGCUCACAUGCAUGCAUACCAACAUGCGCACACACACACAUAUAUGCACAUGCAGGUACAAACAGAGAAAAAUUCAUCUAAAUUCUACACCUGAUUAAUGAAAUGUCAAAAAAUAUGUAUUUUAGCAGGCAUUAACUUGACUAAAACACAAUUAUAAGCAGAUAGCAUAAUCAUUACAACUGAAUAUCUCUGACACUUGGCAUCUUUUUGCAUCAUCAUCUUGAGCAGUCUGAGAAGAUUUCUCUUUUUAAUUCCUCAAGGAGAAAGUUUUUCAUUUACAUAAUGCUUGCAAAUUUGCAUAAUUUAUUAUCCUGGCAGUAUGUAUAGAUGGUAGUACAUAAGAAUCAUAAUUAUUUUCCUAACAAUAAUUUUUUAUAAACCAAGAGCAUAUACAAUUAAAACCAAAUUCAAAACAAUGAAGUGUUGAUUUUCAUGUAACAGAUCUGUUCACUUUUACCCGAUUCCGGUAAUUAUUUAUUAGUUACUCUGAAAUAUUUCUUUUGAAAUAUUAUCAGUGAACAUAUCUUGUCUAGCAAUUAUUCAUGUUUUGUCAUAAAAUAUAGUUAGUAGUUGUAGCAGUAAUGUAUGGAAUUGAUGUAAUAGGUAUGAGAAGAGAUGUGAAAAGUAUAUGUUUUGGAAUCAGUUUUUCUGGUGUAAGUGGAGGAUUCCUGUCUGUUACAAAAGGUUCUGUCUGUAGCUUUUGACUGAUUCAGAUAUGUGUAGAAGGAUACAGUAAUUAUGGGUGUGUUUCUGUGUUGCAUACAGGCUGGAAUUUGAAAACUAAUUGCAGCUAUCAAAGAUUCAUGAACAUGUUUUGUCACAUAAGUGUAACUUUAUUAACUGAGCUUCUUGCACUGUUUGUUAGCAUAUUGUGGUGGCAAUAUUGAGAAACUGCAUUCUGAUACGAGAUUUUUUUAAAUAUGUUUUACCAAGUGGAGGGGCAUGUAUAAAAGAUUGAAGUUGUGUGUGUGUAAGAGAGAGAUUUCUCACUUUGCUGAUGGGGAGCAUAUGAAUGAGAAAUAGGAUGCUUUGGCAAUUGAGAAAUGAGUGUAUUUGACAUUCUUUUAUUCAAACUGGAAUACAAGGUAAAAUUCCACAAUAAUACAUCAAAGCCCAUUUAAAAUUAUACCAUCACUGACACUUGCAGCUAAAUGUCAUACUUGCCAGUUUUUUUGAUCUGCCAAAAUAAUUAUACUCGCUGUAGUAGAAACAGUUUAUAAAUAUUAGUCAAAUGUGCAAAACCCUCUUUACUCUUGGGUUCAUAUUGAAUCUUUUUUAUUGUUACUGUGCAGCUGCAAUAUCUGAUAAUAUUUACCAAGUCACCACUACUGUGUAAAUACUCAAAAGUUAAUUCUGUGACUGUUAUGUAUGUCAUUUAGUUUAGAUUACGAUGACAUGUUAGCUUAGAUGAUGAUAAUCAAAAUAUUCUUUGUUUUCUCCUAUUUCUCCCCAUCUCAAUUCCUCCCCAUUUUCCUCAUCUUACAUGACAAAAAUUUUGUUUCUGAAUUUUGCAGAAAGAUUUUUUUUAACAUACACUUUUUCUUUUCUUUUGUCUUUUAUCAGCAUUGCUGCUGUAACGUUGCUUUGCACAAUCUUGCUAUUACUACAACCACCAAAAUGUGAUGAAAAGUUUUUGAAUAAGGAUGUUUAAUAAUUUUGUAUUUUUGAACUUGGUGACUGAAUAUUUGCACACCGCCAUACUGUUACCAGUCAGCUGGCUUAUGUCUCUCAUUCCUGUUGUCUCUUUAAGGCUGGCUGUCUCAAAUGAUGACUCCAGUCUGUUUUUCAAGAUGCAUCUUUUCUAAGGACAAAUAUUUUUUUGCAUAGCAUUAAUCACACAGUCCUGUUAAGCUUUCUCUUUUGUUUCUAAGACUGUCCAUGAAACCAUUUAGCUUAUGCUUAUAUAAAAAUUGUUUGAUAAUAUGAUCUCGCUAUAUGGGCUUUACAGAAUUAACCACUUACUUUAGAAACCAGAAACCAUUGCUUCCUAAACACAGGCACACUUUUACCAUUUCUUGGUGCCUGAUACUUCUUAAUAAUCUUGAUAUUUUGAGUAGGUUUACUUGAGUGAAACACACAGAGCUCUCUACUCUUCCCCACCCCACUUCUUCUCUCUGUGUUAAUCACCACUGAUUGCCAUGUCAUAAAGCUAAAAUCUGACACAAAAAAGCUCAGAUAUCAUAUUAUUUCUUUGAUGUGAGGAUUAAAUCAAAAGAAUUGUCAUUUCUUGUAGUGCUGAUGUUCACUGAAGCACAUGGGUAUGCUCUGAGGUGUGAAGGGGUUAAUAACAGAUUAGAACAUAAUUCUUUAUACAAAAUAAACUCUACAAAGAAGCUACUUAUAAGUUGUAUGAUGUAUGAAUGGAAUAGCAUAAGCAUUAAAAAGCAGACUAUUUGUGUUUGAUCUUUAAAACUCUAUGUCCUUGUUCUUGAAAAGGACUAGAGUGCUGUAAACUUUCAUGUGGAGCAGAGAUUUGAGCUGGAGGCAACCCCUUCCGCAUAAGUUUUUCCAUGAGUCAUGUGUCAUUUGUGUCAUGCAGCUUUGGUGUUUUUGUUUGUUUGUUUGUUUUUGCAAUGGUUUUACUGUGAGUUAAAUCCAGGAAAUGUAUCCUAAUUAAGGGCAUUCAUAAAUCCUUUCAUUUUUGUUUUCUUGGCUUUUCAAUGUUAAGGUGCAACUUUCAAUCAUAAUACCAUAUACAUGGGCCCCAUUUUUGUGAUCAAGGCAAAUGUUUGUAGUUUUCUGGGUUUCUUUUAAACAAAGACCAUACACAAAAGUAUGUACCUGUUGUCUUAAUGAAUGAACAUACAAGAUAAUUGGAAUUACUAUAGCUUAUUCGUUUUAGCCACAUGCAUGUUCACAUGAUUUGUAGUUUAUUUGAAUGUUACAUUUGCUUUCUUUGUUGAAAAUAUUUUAUGGUGAUUUUUCAUGAGAAUGAAAAUCAAAUUAAAAGCACAGAUUAAACAGCACAUGACACAAAUAUUAUUUUAAGCCUAUAAACGUUUAACUUCAUAAUUAAAGACAACUUUUGACAUAAUUUUUUGAAACCACAUGCUAAUGCUAUUGUCAAUUUCCAAUAAAAUGAAUAAUAAAUCAUUAUAAGCCAACAAAUAUGACAUAAAAAAAGUAUUGUGAAAGAGCUAAUAUUUCAAUAUCUUGGAUUCAGAAUUUGCAUUGAGUUUUAGGAGUACACUAAGGAUUUAAUGACUUUUAAGUUCAGUAAACAUGUUUCCAUUGCCCUAGUACAAUCCAUUAAAUAAGACAGCUCUUUUCUAUAUGAAAGUUGUGGGACUCUACAAUCAGCACAUGGAAAUGUGUAUAUAAAAAAAAACAAGUCAUUCAAAAAUUUCUUUAAUAAUUUUGUAAACACAAUUUACUUGCAAAAAGAUAUCUUUGAAUAUCUGUGCUGCAGCUAGAUAAAUAAUAGGAAAAUUAAGGACUUUAAUUAGGUUCUUAUUUAUAUUUUCAUAGGCUCUGUUCCCUUUUCUUUCAUUGAUGUGAAUUAUGCAUGUGCAGGCACACAAACUGUACUGAAUUUUAAUAUGUUUAUUGGGGACACUGCAGAACUUGUAAUUAAACAGCAUAUAUCCAUGAUCCUAAUUCAUAAUUUGUGUCAUUACUCACCAAUCCAGCACCCUGCCUGCUCAACUGGUGUCAGCUUGUGAACUGUGCUGUUACAAUAUUCUGGGGAAAAACAGCCGUAGUUUUGUGAACAUGUAUGUAUGAACUUGGGUAAAUGCAUUUAUAUGAGAGUAUUAAAAUGUUCACCUUUUUUUGUACUGUCAAUGGUACCUCAGAUUUCGGGAGCUAUCGUGUCUCCUUCCAACCCCAGAGUUUCCUUUCCUCACAUAGCCCUAGGUUUAAGUAAUAUGCAAUAAAUAUACAGGAGUACUU